GCUUACAUCAACACAGAAUUAGAUCCAGACCAAGAGAUCAGGGUACGAAUAGAAAUGGCAAGGGCAGCGUUCUUAAAACUCAAGCAAUUGUUCUGUGACAAAAAUCUGAAUACUGCGCUGAGACUGAGGUUUGUUGAAUGUUACGUCUGGUCCCAACUAUUGUACGGGGUAGAAACAUCGACGUUAAAAGCGCAAAUAGUUAAGAAGCUUGAAGCCUUUGAACUUUGGAAAUAUCGGAGAAUGUUGAGAAUUCCAUGGAGUACCAGGGUCACCAAUGAGGAAGUGCUGAGAAAGAUGGGUCGGGGAAAAAAAUUGUUGAGAACAAUAAAAGUAUGCAAGACAGCAUACGUUGGACAGAUACUGAGGAAUGAUAAAUAUAGUCUUCUGCAGGUCAUCAUGCAGGGUAGAGUCGAUGGCAAAAAGGGAAUAGGUAGAAAGAGGAAGUAAUGGCUGCGAAAUAUUCGAGACUGGACAAACAUGACUGUAGACGAAUUAUUCCACGUUGCAAAAGACAGAGAAACUUUUAGAAAUGUGUUCGCCAACCUCCGUUAA